CACCCUGGACAGCGGCUCCAGCACCGCCCACAGACGGCAGGGCGACGGCCGCCUCAGAGAAACACCGCGGGCUUCUUAGAUGAGGAGGAAGUUGAUGUUUGGAGAAUAACAUCCCAGUGUCUACAUCUUUAAGGAUCCGGAUCGAGGAACCGACUCAGAUACGGAUUCCAGGGAGUUCCCUCUGAAGAAGCACUUUAUUGCUGCGGGCCUGAGAUGAUGUGCUGAGGAUGGUGCUCGGCUGCUUUUGCCAAGCCAGCAUGGACGGCUGCUGCUGCUGCUGCAUGAUUUCUGCACAUUUUGUGUGUGGAGGAAUCCUCCAUCUCACCACUAUUCUCUGGUCACGGCGCAUGGGAGGUUGGGGGAAGAGUUGACGCAAAACUGAUAUGCGAUGCUCAAUCAGAGCUUGGAAGAAAACGAAACCACAUAUAAUUGAAUUUGAAACAAUCAAAAUAAAACUUUAUGGUGUGGAGCUCAUUCCGGAGGACAAUGUGUGGGACAAAGCCUGCAGAGACAGCCAGGAAAUGAUGAAUGGCUCAGCGGAGAAACAAAGGACUCCAACAUGCUGCCUACCUCCUCUGUUGUGGACUAAAAAAAACUAACAUAAAUGGCUUCAGUCAGUCAAUCGACCCUCCUUUGAGACCCAUGUUGAUUUUUUAUCAUACAGGGGGAGCAUAUUUUGAGGGAAACACAUUGGACAGCUCCUAAUUUUCAUUACCAUUUAAAACGUCCAUUGAGCCCUUCUGGACCUUUCUAUUUAGACUUUAAUGGGCUCAGGGCUCUUGUUUUCAAGCCCUGUAAUUGAAUCCUGAUAGAAAACGCCUCCAUUCAUAGAGAAAAACAACAAGCCCUCCUCAUUGGUCAGAUUGGAGUGCACAUGCUAUAACAACAGGAUAUGCAAACAGCCAUGGGCUGAUCCAACAGCCUAUCAUCUUUCGAGCAUGCCUUUAAGAUCCGGAUUUGUAGUGUUGCUGCUAUUUUUUUAAUUCAUCAAAAUGUGAACACUUUAAGAAGACCAGUUCUAUAGUAGCAGUAGUUAUAUUAACAGUUAUGAUGUUUUGGAGGAAAAACAAGGCUGUGCCUGUGCUGUGAAGCUGCUGAGACAUGUUGAAGUAUUGUCUUCAACUUGUUUUCAAUGAACUCAAAGUGUUGCUGCUGAUGCACUCAGAAUCAAGCGGGAGGGCUGACCCGGUCACAGGUACAGACCCACAGCAAAACAGGAUGAGAGGGUGUACCAUUGGAGGCUGUGGUUGGCCCCAGAUGAGCUGCUCCCACCAGGAUGAUGAAGAGGAGUACUACGGGUCAGCGCCCCGGCCACGUAGCCUGGCCUUUGAGGACAAAGAAGGAGCCAAAUCCCAGGGAGGACAAGAAGGAGUUCUGGAUAUGUCCUCCCUACCAAGCCUAUCUGAGAGUGGGCUGCAAGGACAGCAGUGUCGGAUCUGCUUCCAGGGGCCAGAAAAGGGGGAGCUGUUGAGCCCUUGUCGCUGUGAUGGCUCAGUGCGUUGUACUCAUCAGUCCUGCCUCAUCCGCUGGAUCAGUGAGAGGGGCUCCUGGAGCUGUGAACUCUGUUAUUUCAAGUACCAGGUCUUAGCCAUCAGCACCAAAAACCCUCUGCAGUGGCAGGCCAUCUCUCUGACUGUGAUUGAGAGGGUGCAGAUUGCCGCCAUUGUCCUGGGCUCUCUGUUCCUCUUUGCCAGCAUCUCCUGGUUGGUGUGGUCCUCACUCAGCCCCUCGGCAAAGUGGCAGCGGCAGGACCUCCUGUUUCAGAUCUGCUACAGCAUGUAUGGCUUCAUGGACGUAGUUUGUGUAGGACUAAUAAUCCACGAAGGAUCAUCUGUUUACCGGAUCUUUAAGCGCUGGCGGGCAGUGAACCAGCAGUGGAAAGUGCUGAAUUAUGAGAAAGCCAAGGAUUUGGGUGACUCCAGCGGUUCCAACGAUAAAUCUGUCAGUCAGGUUGAGAGAAACUUUUCAGACGGAGUCACAGUCGACGGACAGAGAACAAGUCGGCAUGUCAGGGCUAUCCUCACCCACCACUGUGGCUACACUAUACUGCACAUCCUAAGCCAACUGAGGCCCUCCAACCUGCAUGGGGCCAACCAGGAGAUGGUCAUGAGAGUCACCACGGUGUAAAGCCAAGUCCUAAUCAGAACAGUGCUUCGGCCAUGGCAGACGGGGAAAUAAAAGUGCUGAUAACAACAAAUCCUAAUGUGCCAUAAAUAAAACAGCUACGUAAAGUGACAACAUAUGUUCUCAGGUUUUAACUGAGCCUUGAGGAAUCAUCUCUUUCUGACCAGACCAUUACAGUGAGGUGUAGAACAUAGGGGCUGCUGGCUAUAAACACAUUUAUAGAAAGAAAAAAA